UACCGGUUCGUCCUCGAGCAGCAGCACUCGCGCACCAUGAGGAGCUUUUCCGAGAUACUCGAGCAAACGACACACGAGUGGCCGAACGUGCCGGACGAGACGUACUGGGCCUUGGUGUCCCUGCCCUUCCUGACACUGGUGGCAUGCUGCGUCUGGCUGCGAGUGGUGUGGCCUUGCCCGACUCGCGACAACAACCUUAAGGACUUCACGCCUGCGACGCUGCUCGGCGACGCCGGCGGCGGAGGCAGCGUCACCGAGAGGAGCGCGCUGCAAGACGCCUCCAAUGGCGGUUAUUACUCGGUGGAGAAUGGGCGGGGGAACAGUCCCGGGAACGGAGCCGGCAAGGGCUUGCCCAGUGGAAACAGCUACACCUCCACCGGGUCUACAGGGACAAACAAGUCGGUGAUAGAGGCCGGCGAGGUCGCGGGGGACUAUUCCUUGGACUGGAAGGGCACAUUCGACAUGACGCUGGUGCAGGUGACGGUGGCCUGGUUGGCAGUAAACAUCGGGCUCACGCUGUGGAUCCAGCCGACCCUGUUCCAAAACGCAGAAUUCUGGGUGCUACAGGUCCCUAAGCUAGCGUGCAUGAUAGCGGUGUCUAUUUUGGCCGGCUCCCUGUGCCGGUACUUCUGCCCCGCGGACGACACGGGGUAUAUCAUGACAUCCAAGAACUCGUGGUUCAAGGUGAACUACACCCGAAAGGUGCAGCAUUUCGCCGCCUACCUGGUACCCCUGCUCUUCCGGCCUUCUCCUGACUGUCACUGCACCGGGACCCUUGAGCUGAGCUGGGGCGUAUGGGUGACGUUGAUCGGCUUCUUGGUGAUGAUCAAGCCCAUCCGAGAGGCUGUCCCGCUCUUCAUGCUGCAGUUCAACGGACUCGACCGCCCGGAGGACCGCCCGCACACGCUGGAAUGGAUCAUUAAGUACAACAUCUGGCCCGGGGAGAUAAUGAUCGUCUUCUUCGCCCACCUCUUCCGGCAGUCCUACCAGCGCGACCUCGUCUACAUCCUCGUUUUCGUGACCGGGGUAGGCGACGGCCUCGCCGAGCCGGUGGGCAUUUGGCUGGGGAAGCACAAGUACAUGGUGCGCAGCUGUGACGCCGACAAGUACUACGAGCGUUCUUUCGAGGGCUCGUGCUGCGUCUUCAUCGUGACCGUGGCGACAAUCAUCAUGGUCUUCACGUCGUUUGCCACGUUCUGGCAGUUCCUGGUGGCCCUGCUGACGCUGCCGAUGGCUUUGACGCUCGCCGAGGCGUUUUCGCCGCACACCAUGGACACCCCGUUCAUCAUGGGUGUCGGCGGUGCGAUGCUUUACGCCAUCAUCAAGUUGCUCUAGGACGUGGCACAGCGUUAGUGGCCCUCAACAGCGCCGGUUGAAUAACGCCGGUGGUGGCCCUGCCGAAGCGUCGGUGGAACAUGUGGGCACCGACCUUCUGAAUCACCAAGUAAUUCUGUACAUUGGAUAGCUCCGGUCCCUCUGAAUAGCGUCUGUCGAUUCGGCGGGCAGAUUCCGGUGUUAUGGAGGGCACACUGCUACUACUGUAGGGGCUUAACGAUACUACUUCGCACCAUCGCAGGGGCUCACGGGAAGCGGGAGAGAAUGCUAAACAGGUUUGCAGGCUACCGCGUAGAAAGGCACAUAUCAUCGAUUUGGGGAGGGGGAGGGGAGAGAGAGCACGUUGUCAUGAACGGCGGAAGCCGUCAGGCAGCGACAAAUAUAUGGGGGUAAAAAGACGAUCACGUUUUUCUAGUCAUAAAAAAUAGUUGUGCCGACGUGUGCGUGUGCGCCGUGUGUGUGUUUGUUGGUUUAUGUCGGCCGCGUUAACCGGCUGACCAAUGAAAAUGCGUCAAUUCCAGCGGGAAAAAACAAGGUCCCUGGAAGAGGACCAAAGUAAAGAGCGUGUGCGUGUGCACACAUGUUUGUAGUCGUUGCUACGGUCGUGUUCGCCUUCGAGGGAAAGGCCUUCGUUGAGCCUUGGUGCCGUAGACGACCGUAGAAGCAGACGGCAGGACAAAGUUCGCGAGACGUUGGGAGCUUUCAGUUGCCUGUCGGGA